ACUAGAGAAUACCUGAACAGCCUGGAAUUCAAUUCAGAUAUUUAUUCCUAUUUAACAGUUAUUUUUCUCCUUUCUAAAUGACAAUUUGGAAGAAAUAGCUUUUGGAAUGUAGCUCAUUGUCUUUGCUGUUUUCGAAAGACCUCUGAUAUGCUGAAUAGUGGCGAUGAGAAUGAUGGGGAUAUGAGUGCCUCCCAGUCACCCCUGAACAGCUCUUUCUUCAAACCCAACCUCAACAUAGAAACCUGCACCCUUGUGUUUUUUGAUUUGAUGACCACUGGACAAGAACAAGCACCUGAUAUUAUCCAGCUGUCUGCUAUCAGCCAAGACAAGACUUUUGAGGUCUCCAUACUACCUCCCCAGCAGAUCGAAGUACGCGUCAAUGCGGUCCAAACCAAGACCCGCACUGAGGCCCUGACGGCCUUCCUGGCCUUCCUCCGCACGCUGGUUCAGCCUACAAUACUAGCAGGGCACAACAUCUGGAAGAACAAUUGCCGCAUUCUGUGUAGGCAUCUUGAUGAACUCGGCCUGAAAGAUCAGUUACAGGAGUUAGUGUCCGGCUUUCUGGACACUGAAUCUUUGGCUAGAGACAACUUAAAAUACAAAGAAAUCAAGAAGUUCUCCCAGCAGGAUCUGGCAAAGGUGUUGCUCAAAAAAACAUAUCCAGCGCACAACACUUUAGCAGCUGUCAGAAAUUUGCAGGAGCUCUACCAAUCCUUACGCCCUGCUCAAGAGAAGCACCUGUUCUCCCUUGUUCAGUUGGAAGCUCACAUUUCUCUGCAGCCUCUAGUCUUGGCGAUGGCUGUCACUAAACCCUCAGCUCAGACACUGGCUCAACAGGGUAUCAGUUUUGAGACCAUGAAGCGAGCAUAUCAGGAAGAUCCUAAAAAGGGCUUGAAGCAUUUGUUGAGACAUCUGCAUAAUGAGUUGGGUCCCAACAGACUUUCUACAACCAUCAGACACACACAGGCCUUUUUUAUCAAAGCUAGAGCAUUAGAGAUGGGUAAUUCAAUACACUGAAUAAAAGUUUAUUAACUUAUGAUAACUAGUUUGACUGCCAUGUUACAAAUGUUGUAAUCCUUCUAUAAAAAUCUUUGUUAAAUCAG